AUGUGUAAUAAUUCAAAUAUCACUAUGAAGUUAUUAAUUCUUCUGGCAGAUUGAUACUGUAAAACAUUACUGAGCUUUCCAAAGUGUUCUACAAAAAGAGGAAAAGGUUUCUGUUGGUGUUGGCCAGUGGGACAAGUGACCAGAACGAUAUAACCCUCACUCACUCAGUCACUGAAAACAACAACAACAACAACAAAAACACCUUGAGUGUAUCAAAGCCCUUUAGCAGAAAUACUUCCUACCUCACAUGAGAGUUGAUAUUCGUGUUGAAGACCCACAACCUAUCAGAUACUGACAAUAGGUCGCUGAGAUGGAGAGAGAAAGAGUCAUCUUAUUCACACUUGUGUGCAUUUGGUUUUGUGAACACCAGAGAGUCUUUGGGGCAGAAGUGGACAUCAAAGUUAAACCGGGAGACAACAUCACUCUCUUCUGUGAUUGUGCCAUACCAAUUGGUUCACAAAUUAUUUGGAUCAGAAACUGCUCACAUGAAAAUCAACCGUCUCUAUUUAUACGUUUUGAUGGCCUGUUCAAGGGGAUCUUUCCACGUUAUAGUUUUGUACCCAACAACUCCAGUAACUCCUAUGAUCUACAUAUUAAGAACACCAGUGUCUCAGAUGAGGGAAUUUACCACUGUGCUAAAGCAGAAAAAAAUAUAGAAGAAGAUGCACUUGGCAUCAUAAGAUCCAAAGAAAAGUACCAGUAUGGAAACAGAACAACUCGUCUCUCUCUCUUAGAGCCAGCGUCCACCACAGUCUCCCCCUCUCCCGUAUCAGACUGUUUACUCUGCUGGCAGCUGCUGUUCAGUGUGUGUCCUGUGUGUGUUCUCCUCUGCUCCAUCUGUGCAUACUGCCUCUGUCAGAAAAAAAAUACAGGUCCUGAUUCUAGAGCUUUUUCAGAGGAGAAAGCUGAAACACAGACUUUCAACCAACAUGAUGAGGGUGAAGAUGAAGUGUGUUAUGCUUCAUUGGACAUGCCUUCCAAACGACAAAAGCAGCUCAAGAAAAAGAGACUGCAGGGUUCAGACUUUAGUACUUAUUCAGAGGUCAGAACCAAAAGAUCAUAGCCUAAACCACUGAACUGACUAUGCCAAAUAGGCCUACUGAUGUAAUUUGUUAUGCCAGAUAAAGAAAAUAAAAAUUAUAAACUGUCAGUAUACUGUCAUUCUUAAAUUUAAAUAAGUGGAAUCCACAAUCGUACUUAACAUUUUCCUGACAUGUUAAAGAAAGCAGUUUCAAUUUCUCCUGUAUAUAAUAUAUUAUAAAAACACAAAUGAGAUCAAUGUU